AUGAAAGAUGGAGUCGUUAUGGAUCCCGUCGUUCUGGAAGAGGCUCAGCAGCUAUUGUCACCUGCUUCUUGGACCAAAGGGGAUAUUUGUCCUAAGAAUGCCAGGAAACGUUACAAUGUCACCAUACUGGAACUGAACCCGGUCGUGGGUCCCGAUGACGUCGUCGUGGACCACUGCCGGAGGAGAGAGAGCAGUACCAGUACCGGUGGUGUUAAUGACGGGUUGCAAUCGUCCUGCAGUGAGUGCACCGACCGGUCUCAUAUAACGAAAUAA